GCCCGGGAUGACCAAACAUCUUCUUCAACUUCUUCAAAUGAGGUUCAGCCUGUAAAUGAGAAGAGAAGAAAGCCUUUUAGGAGCCUUCAAACUACAGGUGUGUGUGCUUUUUUGUUUGUUUCUCACUGGAAUUCAUCUUAAUAAGUCAUGUCUCAUGGAGUGGUAAACAAAUCCAGUGUGGGAAUCUAAACAAAACCUACUCUGGAGUCUGUACUCAGAUGAACAUAAAUAUCUCUUUAUAUAACGCAGUGACAACAUUGUUGGUUUUUAACUACAUUUUUUGUGUCAGAUCAUAAUAAACAUAAAAGUGCACAUUAAAACAGUUUUUUUUAGCUCUGCUAUGUAUUAUGAAGACUAGUCAAACAAAUUUUUCGAAUGUGAUGCUGUAAGUCUACUCUUUUUAUCUUAAAGUGAUUUGACUGCUUUGUUCAGUCCAUCAAUCCCACUUUAAUUGUGGUUUUCCUGAUAACUCUGAUAGGCAAGACCUAUGGUGGAGCUACUGGGGGGAAGAAAAUGUGGUUUUUGAAAGCAGUUAGUUAAAAAUAGGACAUUACUAAAAUAGUGCUUUUGCUAGAGCUCUUAAAGAUACAGUUUAACUGGCAAAAGUUUUACUGUUCAUUCGGAUUCCUCUGCUGACACUUGAAUUACUGUUUAUGCCUCUUAAAGUCUAACUAACUGGAUGAUUCAAUUUUUGUGGAAAGUAGAUUAGAUUUGUCUUAUUACUUUUUUAAUUAGACUAGGGUAGCAAUGUACAUUUUGACAGAGAUUUCGAUAAAGUUCAAAAAUCAAUGUAGUAGAGGGGGGGAUAUGAUCUCCAGGCCAACCAUAGCCAAUGUGCAUCCAAGAGAUGACAGAAUUUAACAUGAAACACCGACAUUUUCCAUACAAACUAAAUAAGAAUAUCUGUUUCAUCUCAAAGUGAUAUUCCGGUGCAAAAUUAAGUUAGAGUCAAACACACCGUAACACCGAGUUCGACACCCCCUCGAGAGAUGAAUGUUGCCGACUGCUUGCUUCUCUAGUUAUACCAUCAACAGUACAUAUAAGGUCUCAGCCAUAGUACUAUUCAUCAAACAUCUUUUUAACUUUGCCUAAUUUCUUAAGCAAAGAGACUAAACACAACUCACCCACUCUCUUCCUGCAGCGGCUUGUGAGCUCAGACGAGUCCAUUAGCGACUGCAGUGGGGUGACACAGCUCAAGGAAGAACAGCUAUGAUCAUGAAAUUAGGUGCUGUUCUGAGCAUUAUUUGUGGCUAUAAAGUGGCUUUUUGGUUGAGGUUCAUGCGUGGCUCCUUAGACGGCCGUGUAUUGCUAUUGUGCGGUCGUUAAUAAAGUUUGUAAAACUAGAGAAGCGAAAGGGAUUAAUCUCUCGAGAGCUCAAUCCCUUUCCCCCCUCCAUUUCAAUAUUGAAAUUAAGCUCUGAGUGAAAACUUUGUACAAUGCAUACACUGUAGAAACUCUAGAUUUGAAAUGUCAGCAGCAAAGAUUACAGGAGAUAGUGUCAUCUUGAUCAUUUGAUUUUUUUUUUUUUUUUUUUUAAACUUCCUUUUCAUAUUUUUUCCAUCAGGUCACAGAGCUCUUCAACCUUCUCUCUAUUUGGCAACAUGAUGGAAUCGAACUGUUCCAUCGCAGGUCUUUUCCCAUCCAGUGCAACAAUUUUCAGCGGCCCUGACUGCCCUGAGGUUUCUGUGGCAUGUGGGAUGAACGUCUCCUUGGUUGUGACAAAUGCUACCGUGAAACAGCUUGAAGUGUUGUGCAUGAGUGAAGAGGAGUACCUGAAUCUGCAUCUGGGGGUACGGAGGUCCCCUGAGUUUCUUCCUGUCUGUAUCAUCUACCUCACCAUCUUCUUAGCUGGCGUUCUAGGCAACUCCCUGACUUGUGCAGUAAUCUUGCACUACAGGGUGAUGCAGACACCCACAAACUACUACCUGCUGAGCCUGGCAGUGUCAGACUUGUUGGUUCUUCUACUAGGGAUGCCGCUAGAGCUCUACGAGAUGUGGCAAAACUACCCUUUUCUGCUCGGGGAGGGAGGCUGCUAUUUCAAAACCUUCCUGUUUGAGACCGUCUGCUUCGCAUCGAUCCUCAAUGUCACAGCACUCAGUGUGGAGCGCUACGUGGCGGUGGUGCACCCCCUUAAAGUCAAACAUAUGACUACACGUGCUCGUGUCAAGAGGAUGAUCUUUAUUCUGUGGGUGCUGUCCAUGCUGUGUGCUGUACCAAACACCAGCCUACAAGGAAUAGAGGAGCUGGACCCAUUAUUUGGACGGAGAUUUCCCCAAUCUGCAGUGUGCAGUAUGUAUAGCUUUUUGAUUCUGUUUUUACUGUUGUAAAGGGUCUACAGCAGGCAUGUCCAAACUAUUCCACAAAGGGCCGUGUGGCUGCAGGUUUUCUUUUCAACCAAGCAGCAGCACACCAGACUUGAUUCAUUUCAUCAGCUGAUCCCAGUCUUCAGACAGCUGAUAGGUCAGACUGCUGCUCUCGAUUGGUUGGAAGAAAACCUACAGCCACAUGGCCCUUUGUGGAAUAGUUUGGACAUGCCUGGUCUACAGCUACACCAGUACCUGAGUCAACAAUGCUGACUUGCUUAAAGGCCAAAUCCGAUGAAAUUCAUGUUUUUCUUGUUGUCUACAUGUUCAUAUGGCAGAGAGAUAUCAUGAGAAAAUUGAGUGCGAAAUUGCAUUUCUGAGUAUUUUUGCAUUCAAACCAAUGUGAAUCUCUGGCAGACCCAGAUGGCAGGCUCAGAAACAGUGAAAUUUCCUACAUCACAAAUCCAAGCCCCGCCUCCGGAGCCCCUCUAUGCAGACCACACCCAAAGAAAUAUUUGUUUAUUAUUCUAAUUUUCAUUUGAUAUCAUACAAUUGAUUUUGUUGAACAGGACUCCUCUAGAUGUGUUUCUACUUGCUUUUGUUUCAGAGUCCACUACUCUACAGUUACAUAGAAGAUUCAGUGCAGAAGUAUCAACCAAGCCUUAGAGUGAAACAAUGAAUGUUUCACACUUUAACCUAAACCCAGCUUUUUAAAAACCCCAUAAUUGAAUGGAAAAAUAACCAGCAUGGUGGUCAUGACCUCUGACCUUUAAGACUGUCUCUGUACUCAUCAUAUCCAGACCAAGACUGUCCAUGUAAGGCUGAAAUUAAAUGCUGCCCUAAGUAAAAACCAUAGUUCGGACAAAUAUCAUCAUGAAUUGGUGAGAUGAACAACUUUUGAAGGCAGGCUCAGUCUGGCAGGCUUAUGGUUUGGUGGUGAGAGCUGCCGUCCUUGAGUGAAACGCUUCAGAGUUUGAAUGAUCAGAGACUAAGCUUCUUGGCAACGAAUGAAGUUCUUUCCUCACACUGUAGUUUACAUCCAGCUUUGCACAAAAGACAUAACAAAAAAGUGUUUUUUGUUUUGGCAGGCCUGUGGUGCGGUGGUCAGAGCUCUUUUUUUUUGAGUGAUAUGGUUCUGGGUUCAACUCCCCACUAAUCAGGGCUUUUCUUGUGGGGCAAAAAUUAACUGCUUUCUUUACACAGUAGAGUUGGCUCAGGUUUUUAAUGGUUAUGAUUAACUGGUGCAGUAAAAAAGCCCUUAAAAGGCAGGCAAAGACAGACAAUCCUGUAGCAAGGGGUGAAAUGAUCCUGCUUUGGACCCUCCAGAAACAAGUACUAUACAGUUUGGCAUAAAUGAAAUGUUUCCUCACUCUGAAAAGUAAACCCAGUUAAUUAAAAACCCUAAUAAACAAAGACCUGCAAAGAAAAGACCCAGACAGACAUUGGAAGGCCAGCUGGUGGUGUUGUCAAGCCUGCAACAUUUGGGUGAGAUGGUCUUGGGUUCAAAUCCUCUUGUAUCAGGGACUUUCUAAGACACAAAUAAAUUGAUUUCCUCACACUGAAGACAAGAAAAGGAAAGAAAAACAACAACCCCCGCAAAAACAGAGAGGUAAACAGGAUCUGUUCAAAAGUGAGCGUACAAUGGACCGUGAGAUUGACAGGUACAUUGGUGCAGUGUCAGCAGUGUUGGGAAAUGAUGAACAGGGAGCUGAGCCAAAAGGCAAAGCUUUCAAUUUACCAGUUGAACUGCACUCCAACCCAAACUUAUGGACCCAAAGCUUCAGAUCACAGAUGAGUGGGGCUGAGAUGAGUUUCAAUCAAAUGGUGGCUGGGAUCAGUGCAUUUUAGUUGAGGCUGAUAUACUGCUGGCAUGUUCAGAAGAGAAUCCCACAUUGGUAGGAAAUGAAAAAAGAGAAAAUUGAAAAGCUGGAUUCAAGAGGAAAAAAAUAAAUCUCUGGAUUUAUCAAUAAAGAGAGACUUUGCAUUUGUUAUUCACAACUGGGAGAUGCAAAGCAAUCUUUGUUCUCCAACAUAAUCUCCAAACACAAUAAUAAUGCACAGGCAAACAAACCCUCCUGUGUCAGAAGCCCCUGAACUCUGUUCUGCAAAGGUCUCUAAAAACUGCUGUAAUCAAGCCACUACCAGAAAUUAAAUGACCAGAAAAUGUCAGGUCUGCUGCUAUCUUUCUAUUAAAUCAGUGUUUAAGACUCAGCUGUUUACGGCUGCCUUUUAUUCCAUAAUUUCCAUGAAUCAUUUUGAGUUCCAUUUUUAUUGGACAAUUUGGCACUGUAAAUUUCUAUGCUCCUAUUUUAAACAUUACCAUAUUUUAACCUUCUGUUCUGAUGUGUUUUGAUGAAUUAUCUAUUCUUGCUUUGAGUGUCAAUGGUUUGUUUCACUUAUUUGAAAUGUCACCUUUUAAUGAUUCUUCAUAUUAUCUUCCUCCAUGUUUAUUUCUGACCCUUUUAAUGUUUCUUUUAAAGUCUUGUUUGAGGAUCUCUGUAUUGCCUUGUUUUCAAAUGUGCUUUAUAAAUUAACUUGCCCUGCCUUGUCUCCAGUGAGCUUGGGGGUUUUUCAGGUUGGAAUGUAGCCAUGAAACCCAUGGUUCAUUCAUUAAUAAACCAAUUAAUAUCUAUGUUUAUUCCCUUUUGUUUCAUCUCUAUCUUUAGAAGUGGUUAAGCCUCCCUGGAUGUACAACCUGAUCAUCCUGAUUUCCACGCUGGUCUUUUUCUUGCUCCCCAUGCUGAUCAUCAGCAUCCUCUACCUGCUUAUUGGCCUACAGCUGCGCAGGGAGAAGGCAUUAACUAUGGUGGACCCCAGGGGAAGCUUUGGACCUGAAAGUCUUUCCAAGUCCCAAAAGCAGAAGCUGAGCAAGCGCAACGUGCAGGUCACCAAAAUGCUGAGUGAGUGUCAUGUCAGUAAUGUUCUCACUAAACUGCUAAGGGCCAGAAAGCAGACAAAACAACCGACAGUGUAAGUGAGAUUGUACUUCCACUGUACCUGGUUGCACCUUUUAUCAUUUGUUUUGACAGAUAUUAACAUAAAUGUUCAAUCGUUCCAGCUUUUUCUCAACUCAUAUCUCUAUAUGGAUUUUGAUGCACUAACAGGCCUGCCAAGAGGUCUGCAUUGAAGCUUUUUGGAAAUGAGCUCAAUUCAAGUGUUAUUUAGUUGACCUUCUAGGCAGUAGCAACUGGCUUGAUAGCAUGUUUGGUAUUUUCCAUAGAGUAAUGUAUUUGUGGCUUUGUUAUUGGCUUUUUUCCAGCACUGUUAAGAAAACCUGCUAUUUGAGUUGCCUGGUUGGUUUCUAACAGGGAUUUAGGCAAGCAAGAGCAAUCUUUUCCAAAUGUCAAGCAUGAAAAUCAAAAUAAAUCUUUGCUUGUGACAAAAAAGGAAUUACCCUUGUAUCGAAUAAUAGGGACAGAUUCAAAGGCUUUGAUAACUUGGCAUUUGUCAACCCUCACUACUCUGUGCCACCCGUUGGUUCAUAAAUGGUUAUUCUUUGCUGCAUAAAAAAACAUGGCGACAGGGAAAACGGAAGCAGACAAUCAUUUAUUAUUAUAGUCCAUGACCUGUAUGUCCAGUUGCCUUCUAUUAACUUGAACUCUCUGUCUGGCUGGUCCAGGUGUGCUGGUGAUUGUAUUUGGACUCUGCUGGGCUCCCUUCCACAUAGACCGUUUGAUGUGGAGUUACAUGGACACCUCUGAUGUGGAGCAUCAAUAUUUAUUCGGCCCAAUCCACAUUGUUUCUGGAGUCUUCUUCUACCUGAGCUCUGCUGUCAAUCCCAUCCUCUACAACCUCAUGUCCACCAGGUUCAGAGAGAUGUUUCGUCACAUUACCUGCUUCUCCAAAGGAUGGUCGACACACUCCACUUUACAGAUGACUCAGCGCAGCACAAUGACUGAAAGUCUAAAAUCAAUUUAGCCAAUGGCCUCUGUUUAAAAGAAUGAGAGGAGAAAAUGAGAGUCACUGCAAAAAAGCAGAGGAAGAAACAUAUCGAGUAUAUCCCUUUAAUACCUUAAACCACAAAUUA